AUGUUUGAAACUUCAUUUGACAGCAUCCCGUUGCUCGACUACGACGACCUGAUAAAAGCACCAGACAGUUUCUUCACUACUCUAGGCUAUGCUGUUACCGAAGUCGGCUUUCUCUACGUCAAGAAUAUAGGCUUGCCCAGUGACUGUGUCAAGGAGCUCGUCGACUUGUUACCUGCACUCUUCGGAAUCCCUAUUGCUGAAAAAACAGAGAUUGAGCUUGAAAGUUCACCUCAUUUUCUAGGAUACAGCGCUGUCGGCUCUGAAACUACAGCUGGAAAGACAGAUCUGCGCGAGCAAUUUGAGUUUGUGACGCAGACAACACCUCGCGAGUGGUCAUCAGAACGCCCAUUGUAUGAGCGACUUCAAGGUCCGAACCAAUUCCCUCCCUCCUUACCCGAGGCACGCCAGAUUGUCGAGACGUACAUGGCAAAUUUGACGCGUCACGCUGAACAUUUCAUGUGUCUGGUAGCAAAAGCUCUGCAAUUACCUGAAGAUACUUUUCUUUCAUUCUUCAGUGGCCAGAAUAGGCUCAAGGUCGUUCGAUAUCCAGCAGCGGAUGGGGUCGCAGCCACGCAGGGUGUUGGUCCACACAAAGACUCCUCAGGUUGGUGGACAUUUUUGUUACAGGCUUCGUCACCAGAAGUGAAGGGAUUGCAAGUUCUCAACAAGGCAGGAGACUGGAUAGAUGUGCCAAACAUUCCGGGCACUAUUGUUGUGAACAUCGGCCAGGCCUUCGAGGUUAUCACGCAUGGUGCCUGCAAAGCCACUACACAUCGUGUCCUGGGCGGACCAGUCGAACGAUUCAGCGUACCCUUCUUCCUUGGUGUUCGAGGUGAUUUGACAAAGGAAGAAGCUCUGAGUUCACUCGCUCAGCAUUUCCAGCGGCAGGGGCGAGAGUCAGAAGAGGGUGCAAACAUUGAUUCUGCUUUCCUAAGAGGCUGUUAUAACACCUGGGGAGAGUCUCAGCUUCGUACCAAGAUCCGAAGCCAUCGGUUAGCAGGGAAAAGGUUUUACCCUGAAGUGUAUGAGCAAUACAUCAACGAGGACUGA